AUGGAGUCUGGAAUGAAGUUUGAUUCACGUCGAGUUUGGUUCACUUCUGACGACCAUCAAAAUAAUCAAAAUGUUACACCAAUGGAAAGUGAAAAUGAUAAUGGUUUUAUAUUAGUUAAACGGAAUAAGAAAAAGAAAAAAAUUGAUCUUCCACAAAACCAACAACCUUCAUCUUCAUCUUCAUCUUCAUCAUGUUCUUCAUCACCAACAAUUUCAACAAAUGGAUCCACUUCUUCAACAAACACCAACAGCAUUAUUAGUUAUGUUCAACCGACAAGUGCUAUUGCUGUUCAUUUACAACCAAAUUCACGUGAAGUUAAUGCACCUGUUUCAAUUAUUAAUACAGUUAGUAUUGAAAUAUCACACCAAGCACGACAGUACGCGGAAACGUGUUACGCCUUUCCGCCAUUCAUCAUCAAAUUCCAACAAGACAUUAAUGAAAGUUCAAUAUUAAAGUAUUUAAUAUCUCAUUAUUCUUACAACUAUAAUUUCAAAUUGAAUUUCGCUGGUCAUCGAUUAAAAUUUAAACGUAAUCUAUUAUUAUUUGUUAAUGAUCGUGAAUCGUUUUCUAUGCUUUAUGAUGCAUCAAAAUGGCCGUCGACUAUCGAUUCACUCAAUUUUGAAAAAGUUUUACCUAGUCAUCUACCACCUCAAUUUUCAUUAGUUCUUAAAAAUGUUCCAUUUGAUACAGAAAUUGAUACAUUAUUAACAAACAUUAAAUCUAUUUACCCGAAUGUAAUUAAUGCUCAUCGAAUUCUUAAUAAAAAUCAACAACCUACCACAUUAGUUAGACUUGACAUUAACAAUAUAAACGUUAUUGAUGAACUUUUUGAUUUAAGUAACAACUAUGCUGAUCAAUUUACUCGUACACAACAAAUAAUUAUGAAUCACAAUCGUGAUAUACAAUUGCAACAAAUCGACGGUGCAUUUCAACGUGAUUUCGUAAGUCAAUUUAUCUCUCCAAUUUGUCAAGUAAUGGUAGAAGUGAUCCCGGUCUUAGUCAAACAAAAUGUUCUGAAUGACAAAACCUUACUUUGUCCUUCGUUAUUAGCACUAUAUGCUAAGUUAGCGAAUGAUCUUCCGGUGUGGACAAAUAAAUACUUACAAAACGAAGAUACAAAAUUAAAACUCAUCAACGAGUUUAACCCGAACAAUCAACAUCCGUCGGUUGGUUUCAUCAGCAACAAUCCACAUCAACCACUCUCCAAUCAACAACUCCAACAAUAACUUCCUACAAUCUGUCCCCUUUUGCUGAAGUAUUUACCCCAACAACAGUGAAAAAGAAAAGCUUCAAUGUUGAAUAUGCACUUUCCUGUUCUUCUCAAUACCUAUCUGCUUUUGACUUUAGUUUAUUAUCCGAUAUUGUUAAUGAGUGGUUUUCUCUACCUACUCUCUCUGCUUGUUGUUCUCACUGGAAAACCUUCAGUAAUGCUUGUACUUAUUCGCUGUCUCCUCAAUUUCAGAUUCUUCUUUUCAAUGUAAGAGGACUAAAAGGAAGGUGGGAAGAAGUCUUACUAUUAGCUGAGAAAUACCAAGUAGACUGCAUUAUCUUAACCGAAAUAGGAGCAAUCGAACAAACACAAAUAAAACAGAUUUUCGUCAAUUUUAAGUUUUUCUACCAAAAAGGGGAAAAUUCGUGGGGAGGCGUCCUGAUGUUGUUUAGACUGAGUAUACCAAUAGUACACAUAAAAUCCGAUAUUCCUAAUGUAUGUGUUGUUGAAGUUAAACUUGAAAGAACAAUACGUAUAAUCGGUGUUUAUGCUCCGAAGAGUAAAACAUGGGAAUGGGACCACCUUUCUCGAUACAUCACCGACGAAUGUUGUAUAUUCGGAGAUUUUAACAUCGAUCUAGAGAGUAAGGCUGAUGAGAGAUUUGCUAAAAGUUUAUUGGAUUGGUCUGGAGCACUAGCACUUGCUCCAGUUGUGCACAACUCCCCCACAUCCCUUCGAUCCGAUAGGAUUAUUGACUAUGGAUUCACACGUAGUAUCCCGCUUACGAUUCAAACUUGUGUUGAUAACACUACCAGUGAUCAUAAACCGAUCCCGGGAGUACUAAAUUGUGAAAGCAAGAAAAAUGCAUUAGGUAGUGAUACACACUGGAAAGUCUUUCACUAUUUUCUCGCAAUGACCUCAGAAUUUUGGGAGCAUGAAAGUAAGCUCUGCUCGACCAAUGAGUAUUAUAAGAACUUUGUCACUCCACUGGAUUGCCUAAAAACUCGAUGUACAAGCUUUUUUCCGAUAAAUAA